GGCCUUUCGCGGCGGCGCGAAGGGUCCUGGCAGGUUGAAGGGGGGUCCGCUAGGGUCCUGGCAGGUUAAAGGGGCCCCAUAGCAACAGGGCUGGGUCCUGGCAGGUUGAGGGGGUCCCGUAGGGUCCUGGCAGGUUGAGGGGGCUCCUAAGGUCCUGGAAGGUUGAGGGGUCCCCUAAGGUCCUGGAAGGUUGAGGGGUGCCCCAGCAGCAGGGCAGCUGGGGGGGCAGGUUGGGUGGCCACCAUGGGGGGGGCUUGGGGUACGUCGCUUGGAGUCCCCUCCGUGUCCUCAUCCCCUACGCUGAGACCCCUGAGGCUCCGAUCCGUCACCUCACAGCGAGCUGCGGCACGGGAACCCUGCCUGCGUGCUCCCCGCGGGGGACGAGGGACGAGGGAGCAGCGGCGCCUACACGCUGGGCACCCAGUUGUGGCUCUCCCGUGCCUGUUACUAACAGUAACCAUGCCAGCCCAGAAGGACAGAUGGUUUCCUUCCUUCUCAUUCCUGCUCUUCUGCGCUUACUUCAUUCCGAUGCUGGGAAGUACGAGUCUGCUACAGGAGCUGAGCCCCCAGGAGUAUUUCGGUGGCUUGCAAGCUGGCAGGGCGUCCCUGGCUUACUUCAGCCCUAACGUUUCUCCUGGUGCCCAGCCCUUCUUGGAACAGAUUGAGAACUCAGUCGAGGCUCUGCAGGACUAUGGCAUUUCGGUGGUGAAGGUUAACUGUCCCAAAGAGGAUGUCUCAAGAUACUGUGGCAAAGAAAAUGCAUUAAGGAAAGCCUACCUGUUCAGAGGGAACAUGCUGAUCAGAGAAUUUCCUACUGAUGCCUUGUUUGACGUGAACUCCAUCGUUGCUAAUGUUCUGUUUGCCCUGCUCUUUAAUGAAGUUAAAUACGUCGAAACACUGACGGAUCUUCAGAACAUAGAAAAUGCACUGAAAGGGAAGUCGAACAUGGUCUUCGCAUAUGUACCAGCUACUGGAACUGCAGAGCACAGAGCUGUGAUGGAAGUGGCUUUUGUCUACGGGACUGUCCACCAGUUUGUUCUGACAACUGAGGCAACACUGUUGAAAGACACCAGCAGCGAUGAGCCUGAUGCAUCAUCUGCCCGGCUCUUGUUCUGCCACUGCCAGCAGGCCACGGACGUGGCGCAGCCCUGCAGGAAGACACCCAUGGAGCAGGAUCUGACCGUGCUGAACAUCCACAGGCACCUCAAACUCAUGGGGGCUCCUCUUGUGACAGAGGUUGCUGAGGACCCAGAGAAGGUUUCCACUGUUCACUUACAGCUUGGGCUACCACUUGUGUUCAUCCUCAGCCAGAAAGAGACCUACGAGGCAGACAGGAGAACAGCAGAGUUUUUGGCCUGGCAGCUCUUGGGGAAAGCAGGAGUCGCCCUUUUGUCCAGGGACCUGGUGGAUUUGAAUGUUCUGCUCCGGUCCAACGUCGCUCUCAAGACACCAGAUGAGGGAGUGCCGAUCAAAUACCUGGUCUUGGAAGACACCGAUGAAGUUAUAACCUUGGUGGAAGAUAAGAGCAAGGUCGAACAAAUCCAGGAGGAGGAGGAGGAGGAUGAGGAAGAUGAGGUUGAAAAAGAGAAUGACAAUCAAGACGUUCAGGAUGAUCAGGUGGUGGAAGCAGUUUCCAGGGACAAGAAGCGAGAGCUGCCCUUGGAGCAGAUCCUUACCCUGACGGAGGAGACCUUUCACUCUGCCGUGUUGAAAGCUGCCCAGACGGUGGUGCUGUUUUAUGCCAGCUGGGAAGCAGUGUCCCUGGUAGUGCUGCAGACUUACGUGGAGGUGGCCGAUCACCUGAAAGGAGUUCAGGGGGUUUUGCUGUCUCGGGUCAACUGCUGGGACUGGCCUGGUGUUUGCACGGCAGAGAAUGUCACCCAGUUUCCUACCAUAAAGAUUUACAAGAAGGGAGAGAAACCAUUAAUGUACAACGGCAUGUUGGGAACUGAAGAACUGACCAGCUUCAUCAUGUUGAGCCGAGUUUCCUGCCCUCUGAAGCUGAUGACGAUUGAUGAAGCAGAAGGGUACUUAAGAGGAGAGCUUCCAUCUGAGCUGUCAUCCUACCACCACACUUCGGUUCUAGGAGUGUUUAGCACAGCCACAAGUAAAGCCAAGGAAGCUUUCGUAGAGGCAGGAAGCAUCUUAAGUGGGCACGUGACAAUGGGGAUGUAUUUUGAAGACGAUGCCUUGGCUUUGUCCCGUAAAUACGCCGUGUCUCCCCCAGCCCUCCUCCUUGCCAGGAGCGGAGAUCGGAGUGUGGAAGGCAUCGCUUUGUCCAAACACAGUGCUCAGGACAUCGUGCAGACGAUCAGAUACAGAUUGCUGGACACGUUUCCCGAAAUCACUGUGCAAAAUCUGCCUCGCUACUUGCAGCUCAGGAAGCCCUUCCUCAUCUUGUUUAGCGAUGGUGACAUCGGUCAGCUGGAAGGCAAGGAAAUGCUGAAGCUGGCAAAAGGGACGCCGCAGCAAGCGUUUGUACCUUGCUGGUUGAACUUGAAGAACACCCCGGUGGGCCGCGGGGUCCUGAAGGCGUACUUUGCCACCGUGCCUUCGCUGCCUCUUCUCGUCUGGGUGAACCUCCACGCUGGGGGUCAAGUGUUCAAGUUCCCAUCAGAGCAGUCCAUCACCCAAACGAACAUCUUGUCUUGGCUGGAGAAGCUGAAGGCAGGACUGGAGAUUCCCAGCAGUACCUUGUCUGAGGAAGACUGGAAAGCCACCUUCCCUGCUUACGAUUUCCUCCAAAUGAUGGACACCACAGCGCCCGAAUUCACCCUCCCUACCCCCUACCGCCACGGGGCCGGGGACGGGCAGGAGCAGCAGCAGCCAGAAGGCUCUGAAGAGAAAGCCACAGCCAGGGAGGAAACGCCUGAGGAAGCUGGGCUGAAGGCAGAGAAAGUCCAGUCCCCUGGGAGGGACCUGCGUGGGACAGCCCCGAGGCUGGCAGGGAGGGAAAAGCAGGCCAAGAGACACAGCGAGCUGUGAGAGUGAAAGGCUGUGGGACAGUGCCCAGAAAAACACUCUCGCUUUCUCAGCCCUCAGUGAGCCUUUGCAACAGAGAGAGAGAGAAAGAAGGGAGUUUGGCUGCGAAUUGGUGGCGAGGGGAUAAAACAGCCCCUGAAUUUCAGCAGGGAGGCUGCUGCCGAGGAGUUCUGCCCUCCUGGUAAUUGCUGGGGAGGCAGGGUGAGCUCACCGUGCAUGCAAAAUGUUUGGUUCCCCAACAAAUCAUUCCAGAAAAGCUGAAUCAGCACAACCUUUCUGUACAGUUUAUAUCUCACGAAGAUGCUCUGAUCACCCUGGGCAGGAAGAGUGAGUGAUUCCAGGACAAGGAGCACUUCUCUCCCCUUGGUUCCAGUCUGCACGAGGGCAAAAAAUCCACUCACCCCAAAGCUGCUGUGUUUAAACUGACGUGCAGUUUUUUUACACCUAAAAUUAUUUCCACCUGAGUCAGGAGCUGAAUUCAUCAGUGCCCAUCCUCGGGGCUGACAGCAGUACCUGGCUCAGGUGGCUUCAUUUUGAGGGCCAGAAUUGGGGUCAGCACAGCAGCUGUGAGUACCCGGCACAAAUAUUUGGGCCAUGGCUUUUCUCAGCGCUGGCAUUUUCUUGGUUGCAAGCCCGGGGGGUUAUUUACAGCCUCUAUUUUGCUGUGGUCUCAGUAACGGUAGCGAGGUUGGUGCCUUCUGAGCCAAGGAGGGUGCAGGGAGGGAGGUGUGUGGGGAGAGCAGCGGUACAGAAAUGAGGGGAGAGAGGUCUAAUCCCACUAACUGGCCAUGAAAAUCUUCUUCUUUUUUAACCUGCUCUGUCCCACAGCACUGCCGAGACGUGCCAGGAAGGUCAGAUCUUCCUCCUUAGGGCUCUGAAGUUCCUGGUGAGGGGAAAAAUUGGUGUUAGGGACCCACCGAGAGCCUUGUGAAGCCUCUCUCUCAUCCCGCAAGCAGCCUACGUGGUUGGGAAUAUUUUGAAAUGCCGAGAAAUAACCCAUUACUCUUGUGCUCUCCUUCAAGCCUUGAAUUGGAGCAGGCCGUUUUUGGACUUACUGACCGGGCUGGGAGCCAAAAUAUCUGUAUUUAAAGUCCUGAACCGCAGCGUGCAGAGCGGAGCCUGCCGAGCAGCACGACUUUCCCAGGGGAAGGAGGAGAGGGCGGUGAGUUCCCCUCCCUGAGCUCCUGGCGCUCCUUUACACGGCACGGGGGCAUUUCCAGCUGCUGCAGCACCCUCCCACUUUGCACAGGCAAAGGGCAAUAUUUAGGCUCAUCCUUCGGCCUUAAAUAAAUGAUCUCUCGAGUUUAAGCGCUCUGCGUUGGUCCCAGUUGCGUGGAGCAGGCUGAUGUCCCGGCCCCGCGUGUCCGGGAUGGAAGCACUCUUCCAGGAAAGCUCCUUCAACCUCUGCGUGCGUGCAGCAGAGUUCAGAGCCCCAAAAUCCUUUACUUCAGCAGAUUUUGUGCAAUCCCAGGAGCCUUCCCGGAUCCCCGCUGCUCUUGGUCGUUUUUUUUAUCAGGGACCUGAGCCACGCGGGAGCUUGUCACUAGGGGUCAGUGCCACCUCUUGGUUAUGGCUGGGAAAAUUUGCUUAAUGCCUCUUGGAGAAUCACCACCGAAGCCAUGGGGGGUCAGGAAAGAGGUUAUUUUGGGGGGCUGAGGGCCUUUUUGCUGCUGGGGCAGUGGCCAAAGCACCCCUAAGAGCUGAGAAGUCACAGCGCUACGGGGUUCAGCACAUCACCAGUGGGGUCCCUAAACCCCGAGCCUCCCAGCAGGGGUUUGGCAGUGCCAGGAAAACCCCAAAACACAUCAUCAGCUCCCUGUGGUGACACGGGGAAGGGACAGGCUUGUCCACGACCCAUCGAGCUGGCCGACAUCCGCGUCUGAUGAAGCUGCUGGCUCCGAGCAAGGAUUUGGUCAGGGUCCUGCACCCCGUGGGCCUGGCUUUGAAUUUAUUUAUUCCUUUAAAUGCAAAAUGUCUUUUCCCUUGCUCGCAGGCACUUAGAGGCAACCUCUCGAGGCACAGAGGUGCCAGGAUACGGACAGAAAGGGAGAAAAUGUUCCGAGGGCUGGGAGCAGCCUGAUUGCGCUCUGCAUCCUCCAGCUCUCCCGCUCGCUGGCAGGAGCAGCCCUGGCUUAUGUUAUUUUUAAGAGCGACGGCCCUGGGGGAAAGACCAGCACGGAAAGAAGUAGUCAACAAGCCCAGCGUGUGUUUAUGGACGGGAGUGAGAAGAGAGCCCGAGGAAGAAGAGCUCUGCAGUCCCGCCGGGGUGGAGAAGAGGAAUUCGGAGCGGUGGAAGGAAGCCAGGGGUUGCUGCAGGAUGCUGUGAGUGUCUGCAGUGCCUUUGUGUCCCGGCACGUGCUGAUAGGCAAGAGAAGCACAAUCACAGUGAGCAUUGACAUUAUCAGCUCCUUUUUUAGCCAUUUAGCAUCAAAAUGUGUCUGUUUGGGCCAACUGCAGGGCUCUGCCUCCGAAGAUGAUGCUAGCGAGGUGCACAAGGAGCUGAUUUCCUGAUAGAUUGGAUUGACGGAAAGUAUGGACACUUUGGGGGCUUAAAUCACACUUCUUUUGGCUGUACUUCAGCAGUAAAAGUCAGAGGUGGACGUUUCGUGUGCUUCAGUUCCCUGGAAGCCUUGCAGGGGGUGUUCAGAUGUCGGUCAUUGACCAGGAGACAAAAUGAUGGUACAAAAUCAUGGAUUGUUGGUACAAAAUCAUGGAUUGUUGGUACAAAAUCAUGGAUUGUUGGUACAAAAUCAUGGAUUGUUGGUACAAAAUCAUGGAUUGUUGUCACAAAAUAAUGGAUUAUGUGGCUGUGCUCGAGAGCGAAGCAGUUCAGCUCUCUGUCCCAGGCGAUACGAGGUGCUCCGUGCGCCGUGAGCUGCCUGCGGGGCCACCACCUUCGGCUGGGCAGCAGCAGGGUGCUUGCUAGAGGGACCGAGGGAUCAUUUAGGGUACGCAUUGGGUUUUCCAUGCUUAAAGGGAUGUCAGAGGAAUAAUUACAGAGGGUUCUGGUGCAUGGCUUGGCUGAGGGGCAGCAAACUGAAGCAUUUCCAAGCCCCAGGACUUGGCUGUUCUCAACCCAUCCCCGUCCCCGUGCCCCACACCACAUUUUAAGCUCUCUCCCCUGUGGCUGCACAGCAGGAAUACAGCUUUAGGACGGCAGCAGGAGGCGUGCAGGAGAGGAAGGGGCACGGGAAGGACAGGCACAUGCUGGCUGCCAGCUCUGCCAGGAUGUGAACCAGGACAAGAGCCUGGUUUGGCUCACGGUGCCUGCGCUCAGCGGUCCCUGGUGCCGCGGGGACGCAGCAUCUGGCAGGGCUGGGGGAAAAAGGAAGAGGAGGAGGAUGGCAGGCCUUCCUCCUGGCACUGAUGCGAAGGGGAUGGGAGAAAGGGAGGAGCCGGCGUGGUGUCGGCAGGGCUGGGGAUGGCAGAGGAGCUGUGCUUGUGUGCGGCUGGGGAAGGGAGGGCGCGGGGGCAGGAUGGAGCUGGGCCGGGAGAUAACGGGUGGCUGCGGGGCCGGCUGCCUUUCCUUAUUGCCAGCGUGUCCGCCCGGCACUUCCAGUGCUAAAAAUACGGCUGUGCUCCUGGCACUGCCCGGGGGAGAGCUGCGGGCAGGUAGGAGCAGCACCCGAAGCCGUGGCUCCUUGCGGGGUGGCUGCCGUGCCCGGGGGGCGAAGCUGGAGGAAGGGGAGCCCAGGCUGGAGGAGCAGGACCCAGAAGGGACCAUCCAGCGUCCCUGUUCACCCCUCCGGGGUGAAUUUCCCCCUGGAUCAGCCCAGUUUAGGGGAGCCACGAGGGUUACAGAGGGCUGGGGGUGGAGGUGGCACGUCCCCGGCGCCACGUCGCUGCCUGCAUUGUUCAUUGUUCCAGCGUGGGGACGGGAGGUGAUAAGGGAGGCAGAGGGCAGCGCUCCGGUUCCUGCUCCUCGACAGGUUAUUUCCCCGCUCGCCUGACCUCUCCUUAGGUAAACUCAGUGCUUCACCUCCCCGGAGAGUUUGCUUUGCUCUCCCGCACUCGGCGGCGCGGCGCGGGGCCCUUGGA